AUAACGUCGCGUGUUGCCGUUGUGUACAGUACGCGCAUAGAGCGCGCGCCCGCGCAGUGCAUACACACGCCAUGGGGCGGCUGCAUACCUUCGUGGUGACAUUACGUCGCGAGAGUCGUGACACCAACUGGGGCCUUCGUUUGGUGGGCGGUGCUGAUCUAGCUACCCCGCUCAUCGUCACUAGGGUGACACCUGGCACGCCUGCUGGCCGCGAGCUUCUACGAGGCGAUAUCAUAGCCAAGAUUGACGACUACGAUGCACGCGACUUGAGGCACGAGGAUGCACAGAACCUGUUUAAGAAUGCCUCCAAUCAGAUCAGAGUAGUAAUUCAAAGGGGAGGCUCGAGUUCGCACCUUUACUCGGUACCACGCGCUUCCGGCAGUUACGUAGGCCGAGUGCCCACGCCCACCUUCUAUCACGAGUUCGCCGAGGACGUGGACCGCGAGCUCCCAGCUGGGACGCCCCAAGCGCCGAGAUCACCCAUCCCGAAUUACGUUCCACCACCAUACAGGACUCCAAGUCCGAUGCCUGCGUCGGGAUGGCGCGGCCCCGAGUCGUUACCCAGGAGUACUCCUGUGCCGCACCAAUCGCCGUUCCCUCAACAACACGAGGGAGAAUACAGGACACUGUUACUGUCACCGACUUCGACGCGCACUGAUGAUACUGUCGACGAAUCUAUCCAGAGCCAGCCCUACCGCACGACACCCCUGGUACUUCCAGGAGCGAAGGUCCGCAGGGAGCCCGGUCCAACGGAGAGCUAUCUACGUCACCACCCAAACCCAGCCAUGAGGGCGCCGCCACAUCACGACUACAGAGAUACACUAAUGAAGCAGAAGGUGGCAGAGUCGGUGCUGCAGCGAGUGGUUGGUGAUGAGGGAAACAAGAUGGUGCACAAGCAAUUCAAUUCACCAAUCAAUCUAUAUUCGGACCAAAACAUCGCCAACUCUAUUAGGCAACAGUCUUCGCCCCUGCCCGCUAACGGCCAUUACGGACGGCCGCACGUUGUCAAGAGGCAAGUGUUUUACUAGAAACGCCGCCAAAACGACAGUCGACGCCCAUCUCAUGACGCAUUAAUGCUUUAUUUAUAUUUAUUUUCGCUAUCUAUCGACUCACGAUCUCUUCACCGCGCACUAACGUCGAAGCACGGCGACGAGACGUCGACGCGUCGGCGACGAAUCUUUAGAACACUGUUCACUUCACGCGCCACACUUUAUCACUCUAGUUAAUGUCUUUUUUUAAUAUAUAAGGAACUCGUUCUACAUAAUUAAUGUUAGUAUUUUUAUCGACCUCUCCUUCCUGAAAUAUAAACACUAAAUCGCGUAUUGUUCCUAAACUAACCGCUUCCGCGCCCGCUCCCGCUAACGUUUCCGUGCGCGCCCGCUAACCGACUAAUACCGACUGAUACCCGGCGGCGAGCAGACAUAAGCCGACGGUGGUGUAUGAUCCCGCCAAGUCCGAGACCUUCAGGGCUCUGCAGGAGGACGGACUGAACGCGGCGCCUGGACAACUCAUGCAGGAGGUGCCCACGCCCGUCACGCCCAAGGUCUUCACCGCGCCCACCAGCAAGAGGCCAGCGCCAACUCCGAAGCCUGCAAAGGAGCCUGAUGCGAAACCGAAGGGAAAACAAACGACCUUCGUAAACUCCCUACAAGAAGAGCACAUCCAACAGUCCAACUCUUUCAAACGCCUCAUGUAUAACGUCCUCGGCGACACGGAAUUCUAGCGCACGGAUACUUAAAUACAACAAUCAAUGAUGUUCCUACUCAAUGGCAUAUCAACGAUACUUUCCAACUAACGAACUAUUUAACCCUAUCAAGUAUCCGAACGUCACUAAACGCAUUCUUAUGCGUAUUCGUAGACGAACGGUUUUGCCAUUCUAAUCUCUGUUGACUGAUUUUAAGCUACGGUUACGAAGCGGUUAGAAGAUGGCGCCGAAGCAAUAAAUAAACGAAAUAUUCAGCAACGAAAUAAGACUAACAAAAGUAAUUUUAGGAAUAUAUGAAUAAUCGUAAUACUCCCGACAGUGUGUUAUAUUUUUCGGUGGAUUUAAUUUGUCUAAUACUCGAGUAUUAGUGAUAUAAUUUAUUAUUUACAAAUAAGUAGAAAUGUAACUUUUACUAUAUUACUAAGUGUUAAUUUUUCUGUUUGUACAGAAGUAUAUUGUUUACGAAUGUUUAAUUACAUUAUGGAAAAUGUUGAGUGUACAAUCUAGUCACUUCGACCCGAGCUCUGGUCGCGUUCGCGAAUAUAUAAUUAAUUCGAUCAAAUUUAAAUUAAAUAUUUAUUUUUAACUA